UAGUUGGGUGUUCACAAGUUGUCGAGCCAUCGUCGUGCACGGGUAAAUACGCCUUUGCUCGCGCAACGAUCGUCGCGAUCUCUGCAUUCCGCAACAGAGAGACGGCACACGCGCACCGUUCGCGUCGCCGUGAGUCAUUGUUGUGUUGACACCCGUAGCGUGUGGUAGUCGCUCCUCAUGCACGGUGUUACCGCGCGGUAAACCGUAUCAAACGUCGACGCGACGUGCCUUCUGCGACGUCGAUUCGCGAUCAGCAGUGCCGUCGGUAAUUGUGCGCGAUAUACCGAGUGUCGCGAACCGUGCUACGUGAAGUACAGAGAGAGAUAUAUAUGUAAUCAGCAUUGGUGGAUUUUUACAGUCGCGCGCGCAGUUAUAUAAUCGCCGCAGCGGAGCAAAGCGCUUGCGAGAAUUGACGUAGACGGAAAGAGAGAUAGAGAAGGAAGAGGAGAAGCAAGAAAGAAGAUAGAUACAUCGCCUACACAUAUACUACAGUAUAAAAUAACGUGUACAUACCUACAUGUAUGCUGACGAGUAGGAACAAGUUGUUGAAUGUUUGACGGAAAUUGCAAGAAGAUUCUUCGUUUGGUAGCUCUUCGGACCCGAUAAGCGAGCCGCAGAGACUGCUCGCUCCGGAGGCGAAAAGCAACGGUGGUUCGCGAGGGAGAAUCGGUAUUCCAUCGAGCGACGAGUUGAUCAGCCCGGCGGUAUCCAUGGUGCGAAGCCUGACGAUGGAACCGACGUUCUACGAGAACGCGAGCGUUUACGGAACGGUGAACGGUCGCGAGAACAGCAUGGGCCAGCUUAAGCGGAACCUCACGCUCGAUUUGAACGGUUGCCAGAGGCAGGGACCUCAGGUGAAGAGGCCGCGGUUGGGUCCGCUGCCACCUGCCCUCAACAACGUCACGCCGAUCCUGAGCUCGCCGGACCUCAAUAUGCUGAAGCUAGCCUCGCCGGAGCUAGAAAAGUUCAUCAUGACACAGUCGGAUAGCCUGGUCACCGGUCUCCCUACACCAACUACCCAAAUUCUAUUUCCCAAGACGGUCACUGAAGAUCAGGAAUUGUACGCGCGCGGCUUCAUCGACGCGCUUAAUGAACUACAUCACUCCGAUAGUUCGCAGGAACCCGGCAGCGUGCACGGUGCGACUUAUACAACUCUCGAACCGCCCGGUAGCGUGCAGAGCACAGAAUCUACUAUGAGCAAUCCGAACUUGGUGCACGUGAAGGACGAGCCGCAGACGGUACCGAGUGUAUCGAGCACACCGCCGAUGUCACCGAUCGAUAUGGAGAACCAGGAGAAGAUCAAGCUGGAGAGGAAGCGACAGAGGAACCGCGUGGCCGCCUCCAAGUGCCGACGGCGCAAACUCGAGCGCAUCUCCAGGCUCGAGGACAAGGUCAAACUGCUCAAGGGCGAGAACACCGAGCUAAGCGGUAUUGUGCACAAGCUCAAGGAACACGUGUGCCGGCUCAAGGAGCAGGUUAUGGACCACGUGAAUGCCGGCUGUCACAUCGUGCCUGGCCAAUUCUGAAGUUUCUCAAACGCCGCCUCCCCCCCAGAGAUGAAACUGCGAAUGUUAAUGCUCGCUCCUUUUACAAUUGUUCUCUCGUCGGGCCCGCUAUCGUGCUCUUCAUCAUCUUGCCUUUCGUAGUUCCACGAAGGAGCUUUUGAACACUGAACUCUUGCAACAGUUGUUAAUUAACAGUUGUCAUUCGGUUUCGUUCUUCCGCGACUGUAACCAGGAAGAAUCUUCAUCGUGUGGAUACAGGCUUAUGUUUCGCAUAUGAAAAAUGUUCUCUCUAUUUCGACCUCAAGAAAAUUUAGAAGCUUCCUUCCCUUUUAUAUGAGAAAGGAACCAAACAGCCCUAAAAAAGCAAAGCUCACUUCUGCCUACUGAUACUGCUAAUGGAAAAGUUCAUGAUACACAAAGGAAACGUUAUCUUAAAAAAGGAAACAAAGUGUCUCCAUGCCGGAAGAAAAAAGAAAGGUGAAGGGAGGAAGAGAAACAAGUCAGUCAAUUGCCGCAACUAACUUAUAAUCCUAAACUAAAUUCUAAACUAACAAAGGAGUCGGAAUCGAAGGAGAAGGAAGUCUGAACUCCGCCUCGAACCGCCGUUCUCUCCCUAAAGCGAUGGAGAACGAAGAUCCCAAAAUCGUCCGUGAUCGGAUUUUUCGAUCCUUGUGAUUGACUUGAAAAAUGUUUACAGUUUUCUAUCUUAAUUCUUUUGUGACUUGACUGGAAGGAGACACCAUCGCGCGACGGAACAGCAACAGCGGGCGGAGCAGGAGAAGGAGGUGACGGUCAAAGUGGAGAAGGAGGAAGGAGUGCCUUCGUAGAAACGUGAAACGUAAAGAAUGCUUUUAGAAGAGUGGCGGGCGUGCGCGCGUGCGUGUUUUGCGCAUGCGAGAGACUUUAUGCGCACGAACACGCUCGACGAAUGCGUGCGUGCAUGUACGAGAGGGAGAAAGAGUAUGAGAGAGCGAAAGAGAAUAUAUACGCGUGCAAGAAGGAGGGAGAGGUAGCGCGAGGGGGAGAGCAUCGCGACAGCCAUUUUAGAGAACGCUCGGCGGGAGCUGAGGCGGGAGAUACGAAUCUUUCUACUGGAAGGUUCAAGCUCUUCUUUCAUUCUUCCCGUUUUGUUAUCGGAGAAGCCCCAUUUUCACGACCUUCGAACGUCCCUUUGUAUUUUAGAGCGCACAGAGAAAAAUAUCAUUCUACUGCCAAGAAAAGCGAUUACUCAGUUUCUUUUUCUUUUUUUAAGUAAUAGAUUUCUUCAACAAGGAAUAUAUUCUCUUGAUAAUAAUCUUAAAAUAUACUCAUCACAAGUGUUAGAAGGUCUCAUUAUCGUGAACUCGAAAGAAGAAUUUAUUUUUCUUUUCAAGAAUAUUGUAAAGUAUGUUG